UUCCACGCGGACUUAUGCGCAGCAGGAGCGUGUCGGCGCGCGCGGCCCAGCCCGUGUUCUGAACCCGCUCCACCAUGUCCACCGGCUCCCUCAGCGACGUCGACGACGAGCUCCUGGACGGCAUCCUCAAGUUCGGCAAAGACUCCAACGAGAGCGCGGAGGAGAGCUCCAACUGCGAGGGCGCGUGCGCCACGGAGGACAGGAGGAGGAGGAGGAGGAGGGAGGGCGCGGCGGCCCGCACCAAGAAACGCAGGAGCUGCGCGGCGGCCAGGAAGGGCGCACCCAAAGGUGGCGCGCAGCAGGAGGGCAAGCAGGUGCAGAGGAACGCGGCCAACGCGCGGGAGCGAGCUCGGAUGCGCGUGCUGUCUAAGGCCUUCUCGCGCCUCAAGACGUCGCUGCCCUGGGUCCCGGCGGACACCAAGCUGUCCAAGCUGGACACGCUGCGCCUCGCCUCCAGCUACAUCGCGCACCUGCGGCAGAUUCUGGCCAACGACAAAUACGAGACUGGAUUUAUUCACCCCGUGAACCUGACUUGGCCUUUCAUGGUGGCGGGGAAGCCGGAGACCGACCUGAAGGAGAUGCUGAACGCAACGCGGUUGUGCGGAACAACUGCAUGAAAAAGAAAAA